AAGUCUUCAAGAUCCUCUGAAUAAAAAAGAAAACCGAUCUUUUUCAAAAGGAAAAUAGAAGACAACCAAAUGCAGAACGUUGUGUUUUGUGUUAUUUCCUGUGGGAGGAAGGAGGAAGGGGUUGUGUAGGUGGGAAGAUAGAUGAAAGGUUGGGGAGGUGGGAUGGAGGCGGGAAGAUUUUUGUAUUGGCGACUAGAAGAAAAAAAAAAUGCUGGAGGCUUCCCCAGCAGACACACACACGCACACACGCACAUACACAGAGACUUCAAACUCUGUGCUCUAACGUUACUGUCUCUGUCCACUAAGGUAACUAACUACCCGACUGGCUAUUGCUGUGGUCGCCCUCUGCAUCUGCGUCUGCGUCUGCCUCUCUGCCUCUUUCGGCGUGCCCAGACAAAAUGACUACUUCCUGCAGUAGUUGGCUGAUUCUUACUGGCUCACAAGGCGACGUUCAUCGUUUUGGCCACUCUUGUGGAGUUUUUCUCCAGCCUUCUACCGCUAUAAAG